AUGAAAGACAAGCUCUUUGAGUUCCACAAAGUGGGUGUGGAAGAGGCGGACACUUUGAGUUUGUACUGUGACGUGGUCGGCGGUAACCCGACCCCAGAGGUUCCAGUGGUGGUACGCUUGAGAUCAACCGGUCCGAGUCCUUCCGCCAGCUCUGGGAUGGUGCCCGUAAACGGUCGCGUGUCCAUCAACACGGCGUACGGCACCACGGCGUGGAGCGUUCUGGGCAUCACGCGUCUCGUCUGGAGGAUUUUGGGCGUACGAAUGUCGGGCCACCUGAAGAAGCCCCGAGGAGAGGAUGCAGGGGAGUACAUGUGUGUCUACACCUUCGAUCAGGCCCCGUCUGCUAACGCCACCAUCGAGAUUAAAGGUCUCAUCGGCCUCCAGCUCAUCAACGGCAAGAAUGAGUCGGCCCACAUCAACGACGCAGUGGCAGUGGUGGCUCAGUCCAUCCAGGAGCUCUUUGAGAAGGAGAACAUCACGGAGCCGCCGAGAGGCUGUGUGGGAAACACCAACAUCUGGAAGACCGGGCCCCUCUUCAAAAGGGUUCUGAUGUCAUCAAAGUACCCAGAGGGCCUCACUGGACGUGUGGAGUUCAAUGACGAUGGCGACAGGAAGUACGCUCACUACAGCAUUCUCAACUACCAGAAGAGUCGACUCAUUCAAGUCGGGAUUUACAAUGGAACACAGGUGGUGAUGAAUAAUCAGAGGAAGAUCAUCUGGCCGGGGGGAGAGACAGAGAAACCGCGGGGCUUUCAGAUGUCCACAAGACUAAAGAUAGUGACCAUACACCAGGAGCCCUUUGUGUAUGUGAAGCCCACUGAGCAGGAUGGAACCUGCAAGGAGGAAAAAACAUUAAAUGGAGUGGCAGAUAUUAAAAAGGUGAUCUGCACUGGACCAAAUGAGACCAUCCCAGGACGUCCAAUUGUACCUCAAUGUUGUUAUGGAUUCUGUAUCGAUCUACUUAUCAAGUUGGCCGGAACCAUGAACUUUACCUAUGAGGUGCACCUGGUGGCUGAUGGGAAAUUUGGAACACAGGAGCGGGUGAACAACAGCAACAAGAAAGAGUGGAAUGGCAUGAUGGGAGAGCUCCUGGGGGGUCUGGCAGAUAUGAUCGUUGCCCCGCUGACGAUAAACAACGAACGAGCCCAGUACAUCGAAUUCUCCAAACCUUUUAAGUACCAAGGCCUAACCAUCCUCGUUAAAAAGGAAAUCCCUCGCAGUACACUGGACUCGUUCAUGCAGCCGUUUCAGAGCACACUGUGGCUGCUGGUGGGUCUUUCGGUGCAUGUGGUGGCGGUGAUGCUUUACCUACUAGACCGGNCUAGCCCGUUUGGGAGGUUUAAAGUAAACAGUGAAGAAGAAGAAGAAGACGCCCUCACCUUGUCGUCAGCCAUGUGGUUCUCCUGGGGAGUUUUGCUUAACUCCGGUAUUGGGGAAGGCGCGCCACGCAGCUUCUCAGCGAGAAUCUUGGGCAUGGUGUGGGCCGGCUUUGCCAUGAUCAUAGUGGCAUCGUAUACUGCCAACCUGGCUGCCUUCCUGGUAGACUCCAAGCAUACCUCCCCUCUACUACUCCAAAGCAUGACCUCGCUCUACUACUCCAAGCAUUGUACCUCACCAUCUACUACUCCAAGCAUGACCCUCACCCUCUACUACUCCAAGCGAUGA